AUGGCCUCGGUCUCAUGUAAAGACUAUAAGGAUCUGGUUUUCUCUAUGCUCAGCAGACAGAGCGUGGUGGAUCCCUGCCGGACGGCCCUGCAGGCCGUCACUCAAGCGGCGUCCAGCUUCAGUUUCUGCCGUGCCUCCCUGGAGCACACGGUGUCUGCUGAGGAGCUGAGCUACCAGCUGCCGCGUCGCGCCGGAGGCAGCAACCUGACCUGGCACGACGGCCGCGGCCAGAGGACGACGGCGCACACGCGCACCGUCAAACUGCUGCAGCAGCCCGGCACAGAGGGCAUCCAGCUGCGUCCCGGCGAAGCCUUCACUGUGUAUCACACCAGUCCUACUCUGUCCAGUCUGUCCAAACCGGUGGUGCUGUGGACUCAGCAGGAUGUCUGCAAGUGGCUUAAGAAACACUGUCCUCACAACUACCUGACCUAUGUAGAGGCCUUCUCCCAUCACGCCAUCACAGGACGGGCGUUGCUGCGUUUGAACGGGGAGAAGCUGGAGAGGAUGGGGAUCGUCCAGGAGACGCUGAGGCAGGAGGUCCUCCAACAGGUCCUCCAGCUGCAGGUCAGAGAGGAGGUCCGCAACCUGCAGCUCCUCAGUCGAACCUCUUUUGGAAACUUCUCUUAG